UCUUUAACAGUCAUCAAUUGAUCCGUCAACAUGCCUCCUAAAACAAGUGGUAAAGCCGUUAAGAAAUCUGGUAAAGCCCAGAAAAACAUCACUAAGAAUGAUAAGAAGGGCCGCAAGAAGAAGCGUAAGGAAAGUUACGCUAUCUACAUUUACAAAGUGCUCAAACAAGUUCAUCCUGACACUGGGGUCUCCAGCAAAGCGAUGAGCAUCAUGAACAGUUUCGUCAACGACAUCUUCGAGCGUAUCGCUGCUGAGGCUUCAAGACUUGCGCACUACAACAAGCGGUCAACUAUCACCUCCCGGGAGAUCCAAACUGCUGUUCGUCUUCUGCUUCCUGGUGAAUUGGCCAAGCACGCCGUCAGUGAAGGAACCAAAGCUGUCACUAAAUACACCAGUUCCAAAUAAUUUUUCUGAUUUAAAUCAACAAACCAAACGGCCCUUUUCAGGGCCACCAAAUUUUUCAAUACGUAAAUUCAUCUCAAGUUUACUUAAAUAAUAUUUUACUAAGAUAUCAAUAAAAAUUAAAUAUAUAAUUAAAGGUCCAUAAGUCAAAUUCUAAUAAAUUUGAACUGUCCCUCACUCUUGACCACACCACAAUUCAACGUUUCCAUUAGAAAUCUAUUAAAAUUUUUUUUAUUCCUAAAAUAGGAGACCCAGUACCCGAAGAGUGAUCUGGUGCUCAAUCACUUUGUAAGUGAUAGGAUACUAAGUCUCUUAUUUUAUUAUUCUAAAGAGAGUAUAGUAAAAUAAAAAAAUUAAUCAACACGUCCCAGAACAAAUGAAUGUCGUCAAUCGGGUCAAUGCAUCAUCAUGC